AAAGACAGAAGCUCCUCCUUCUGAAGAAAAAAAUGAGUGAAGAAACUGAAGCUAAUUCAUCUGAGCGACGAUCAGCUCCACGUCUCAACCAGAGGAUUCUUUCAUCGUUAUCGAGGAGAUCCGUAGCUGCUCAUCCUUGGCAUGAUCUUGAGAUAGGUCCAGAUGCUCCUGCAAUUUUUAAUGUUGUUGUGGAAAUAACGAAAGGGAGUAAGGUUAAAUAUGAACUUGACAAGAAAACAGGAUUGAUCAAGGUUGAUCGAGUUUUAUAUUCAUCUGUUGUGUAUCCUCAUAAUUAUGGUUUCAUUCCUCGUACACUUUGCGAAGACAAUGACCCCAUGGAUGUGUUGGUCCUCAUGCAGGAACCAGUUCUUCCAGGCUGCUUCCUUCGAGCAAGAGCCAUUGGGCUUAUGCCUAUGAUUGAUCAGGGGGAAGGAGAUGACAAGAUUAUUGCCGUCUGUGCUGAUGAUCCUGAGUAUCGCCACUUCAACGAUAUAAAAGAGCUUUCUCCUCAUCGUCUUGCUGAGAUCAAACGCUUCUUUGAAGAUUACAAGAAGAAUGAACACAAAGAAGUUGUGUGCAAUGACUUCUUACCUGCACCUAAAGCUGUUGAUGCCAUUCAGUACUCAAUGGAUCUUUAUGCUGAAUAUAUCAUGCAUACCUUGAGGCAAUAGACGAGUUCAGGCUGUUUUCUUUCCCAAUAAUUUGCUCGAUAACCUUCAGGCCAAUGCACAGAAACUCAUCUUUUGCUAUGUAUUUUCUUUUUUUUCAUUUUUAAUCAAAUUGUUUACUAUAUUAACCUGUGACAUCAGAGCGCAGAGCUGAAUGCUUUAAUGCAUUUCUGAGUAGUCUGAAAAUUUUGUAACUUGUAUCGAUCCUUUAUUUACUAAGAUGAUAUUUAAGUGAGUAAA